CGAGGCGGCGCCACCAUCUUUGAGCCUCUGGGCCCCUGUCUUGGUAGGCGGCUGUGGGAGUUAGGGAGGUAGGUGGGCUGCGCCGCGCCGCCUCCGGUCCACAGCCGUGCCUGUUUCUGUCCUUCUGCCGCGGUCCCACGAUGCCGCAGUACCAGACUUGGGAGGAGUUCAGUCGCGCAGCGGAGAAACUCUACCUCGCCGACCCAAUGAAGGCCCGUGUGGUUCUCAAAUAUAGGCAUUCUGAUGGGAGUUUGUGUAUUAAAGUAACAGAUGAUUUAGUUUGUUUGGUGUAUAGAACAGACCAAGCUCAAGAUGUAAAGAAGAUUGAGAAAUUCCACAGUCAACUAAUGCGACUUAUGGUGGCCAAGGAAUCCCGCAGUGUUGCCAUGGAAACGGACUGAAUGGUUUGAAAUGAAGACUGUUAUGUUCUUAGGAAGUAAAUAUCUUUUGAAUUUGAAAGAGUAUUGGGAGAGAAAAUACUUUAUGUAACUAAGUGGGCUAUUCAGAAGCCAAGAGAUCAUUUUUUUGUACUUUGUUUUUUAAUGUUUACUUUAGAGAGCCAGGAAUGUAAAUGCUUUCAGUUAGGAAGCCUUUAUUUAUUUUUUGGAGAUUGAACAAAAAAUGCAUCUAUCUUGGAAACUUUUUGUAGAUUAUUUGGUGUUAAGCAAAAUAAAUAAUUACUUGCUGUUAAGUUUGUAUCAGUAACUUGAAAAUGAGAUUAAGAAAAGCCAGUUCUUCCUUAAAUUUAGUUAAUCUGUGUUUAAAAGAAAAUUGAAUAUAAUUGUUUUGCUAGAUUGAUGCAUAAAUUUUGUGCUGUUGAUGACCAGCAAAUAUAAAAUAAGGUAACUGGAAUUAACUGUGCACAGCAAUAUAGCUGAUUAUAUAUAGUAGUAUAGUCUCAAUUAUAUCUAAAAAUAAUUAUGAAAACAGGUAUGCUUUACCUUAAACUUUACAAAUUUAAGCUAUAUUUUUUAAAUAUAAGGGGUUCAUAUUAUCAUUAACUUGUUGAGCAAAGACUUACUUUGAAUCUAAUUUUCAGUGCUCUGAAACAUCUGCAGUUACUUUAAAUGCAUGAACAGAAUGAUCACUAAUGGAUUGAAAUCACCAUAUUACAGAAUACUUGCCACAUAUUUGCCAUCUAUCUUUUCUCAGAAGGGCUAAAGAUUAUUUGAACUGUUAAAUUUUUGCAUACCUCUAUGAUACCCCAGCCCGUUUCUCUCUUUACUUAACCAAGGUAUUAAGCAUGACUGUCACAACUGUUUCCUUUAAACCAGAAAUAUGAUAUUAUUUGACAUUUAUCUUAUAUUUGCAAUUAAUUUUACCAACCUAAAUAUAAUGUUAUAUGUUGAUUCCCACAUUAAAAUAUUUUUUAUUUGGAAUUUGUUGUGCUGACCAGCAUUUCAACAUGCAAGGUUCCAUUAACUGUAUGAAUUUUGGCAUGUUUCAGAGAGGUCAGUAAAUAAAAUAUUACAUAAAUGUGUAUUAUGUCUCUUUAAGUUUAUAACUUCUUAAGAAUAAUUGAUUUCUUGACUGGGAUAUUCUACGUUAGUUUAGACUAAAGUGAGCCUAUUAUGCUGUAUGUAUGUUUUAUUUGUUUCUUCAUACUUUUAUUACUCAGCUUUCUCUGUUAUAGCAUUUGGUUUCCCCCCCCCCCCCCCUGUUUCUCACAGUUGUAUUACAAAAGAACCAUGCUAGCUUUUUUCAGUCUCCUAUUGAUAGACAUUUGGUUGUUUCCAGGCUUUUGCUGUUAGGAUGCUGCACUGAAUAUACACAUGAGUAGUAUAUGUGUACAUUCGAUUUCUAGAAAUAAAAUUGGUGAAUCAAAGGG